GCUACAUGUCCCCGUCGAGCUGAAACAGCAAAGGCCGGGACAGGAGUGAUGGAGGUGGGCAGCCUGCCGGUAGAGGUGUGGCGGGUGAUCCUGGCCUACCUGCCCCUGCCGGACCUGGGCCGCUGCAGCCUGGUGUGUCGAGCCUGGCACGAGCUCAUCCUCAGCCUAGACAAGACCCGCUGGCGCCAGCUCUGCCUGGGCUGCCCCGAGUGCCGGCACCCCAACUGGCCCAACCGGCCGCACCUGGAGCCGCCGUCCUGGAGGGAGGCCCUGCGGCAGAACGCCCUGGCCAGCCGCACCUGGACCCGCAACGGGCCCGAGCCCGACUCCUCCAGCUGCCUCUACCUGUUCCGCCGCAAGAAGGACCGCCACGUGUGGCACGUCGGGGCCGGGUGCGAGCACAAGACGCUCCGGGGGGCGCUGACGGUGGCGGGGGCCUACGACAGGGUGGUGCUGCACCCGGGCGUGUACGAGGAGCAGGCCGAGGUGGCGCUGAAGGUGCCUGUGGAGAUCGUGGGGAAAGGGAGGCUGGGGGAGGUGACGCUGCUGGUCAGCAUCGAUCAGCAGUGCGCCACCACCAGGCUCUGCAACCUGGUCUUCAUGCCUGCCUGGUUCUCUCCUGUGGUCUACAAGACAUCAUCGGGGCACGUGCAGCUGGACAACUGCAACCUGGAAGGGGGCCAGCUGCAAGUGCGGGGUCCCGGGACGUGCCAGGCCCGCUUCUGCUCCUUUGGACCGGCCAGCGGAGCCCACUUCCAGGGCGUGGCCCUCAGCCUGCUGGAUAGUUGUGACUUUUCGGGAAGCGACGGGGCCUCUGUCACCGUGGAGGGCCCGCCCACCUCCGAACGUAACUGGGCUUGCAAACACCUCGCCGCCCUGGCCCGGGCCUCCAGCGCAGCAGCCGCUGCUGCCGCCGCUGCUCAGCUGGACGGAGGGGACCGAUACCGCAGCGCCCCGCCCGCCGGCGUGGGGGUCCCUCUGGAGGAGCUGUGGAGGAAGGAAGGGGAGCUGACCCUGGGUCAGUGCAGGGGCGGAGGAAGAGGCUUCAAGGAGGCCACCGUGCUGGGGGACAGCUGUAGCGAGAGCGAGCUAAGCGAGGAAGAGGAGGAGGCGGAGGAGGAAGGAGACGAAGGGGAAGAGGCUCUCCCUCCGGCAUUGUACAAACUCUCCCACAGUCACCAUGGCCUCUCUCACCUCCUGGAGCAGGCCCCUAACUCCUCAUACCCCUCCUCCUCCACCUCCUCCACCACCCCUGCUGCCCCCCCUGACCUGCGGACCCUCCAGGAGGAGCUGCAGCGGGACAGGGAGGCCCAGAUCCUGGCCGGGUCGGUCCAGGGCUGCCUGCUGCGCUCCUGCCUGUUUCGGGACGGGAAGGGCGGGGUGCUGGUGUGUAACUACGGCCAGGCCCGGCUGGAGAGCAACGUGUUUAGGGGCCUCACCUAUGCAGUACGCUGUGUCCAAAAUGGCAAGAUCAUCAUGCUGCGGAAUGAGGUUUGCGGUUGCCGGGCGUCGGGUGUCUUCCUGCGGCUCUCCGCAGCUGGGCUCAUAGCUGAAAACAACAUCCACUCCAAUGCAGAGGCCGGGCUGGACAUCCGCAAGGGCGCCAACCCCAUCAUCCUGUGUAACAGAAUACACAGCGGUCUGCGUUCUGGGAUUGUUGUCCUGGGAAACGGGAAAGGUUCCAUCCGAAGCAACCAGAUCUACGGCAACAAGGAGGCAGGCAUCUACAUCCUGUACAAUGGGAACCCAGUGGUGAGUGGGAAUCACAUCUUCGAGGGCCAGGCCGCAGGCAUUGCAGUGAAUGAGAAUGGCCGGGGCCUGAUUGUGGAGAAUGUGAUCUGGGAGAACCAGUGGGGGGGUGCUGACAUCAGGAGGGGGGGCGACCCGGUGCUGAGGAACAACUUCAUCUGCCACGGCUACUCUGAUGGAGUUGUGGUGGGGGAGAGAGGCCGGGGACUCAUUGAGGGGAACCAUAUCUACUGUAACAAGGGCUGCGGCAUAUGGGUGAUGUCCUCCAGCCUCCCUCAGCUCUCAGGGAAUCAAAUCUCUCACAACAGCAUCUACGGCGUGGCCGUCUUCUGCCGCAAGGACGCCGAGGGAGGGGCAGGCGGAGGGAACGACAACUUUAAUGAGGAAGGAGAGCUGCUGGCAUGGGAGAGCGACCUGGAGAGUGAGGACGAGCGCCUCUCCUCCCGGCGGCCCAUCAGCGUGGCGCUGGUGGAGGGGAACUGCAUGAGCCACAAUGGGGUGGGCCUGUAUGUGAAGAGCAGCGAGGCCCUGAACGUGGUGGGAAACGCCGUUCACAGCAACAGGGGCACCGGCGUGUCUGUGGUACAGAGCGGUCAGCUGACUCGCCUGGUGGCCAACUGCGUCUCCGGCAACGGGCGCGUCGGGGUCACCGUGGAGACGGGCUGCCGAGCCGAGCUGCGGGGCAAUGGCGUCUACGACAACGGCAGCCACGGCGUCAGGUUCCGCGGCGACGGUCAGAUCGUGGAGAACGACGUGGUGGGGAACCGUGGCUGCGGGCUCCGGGUGAUGGAGAACGCCGAUGUCAAGGUGCUCAGGAACCGUGUUCAGGCGGUGCAGGGCUGUGGCAUUGCUGUGCUGGGACAGGCGAAGGGGCAGGUGCAGGAGAAUAUGGUGUUCCAGGAUCGGCCUGGUAGCACCAGGGCGCUGCUUCAUCAUGACCCUGCAAACAGCACCUGCCUGCUGGUUAACAACACCCUGUUGGCCUGCUCAAAGAGAAGUGCUGGACAGACAGACCCCCACUGGGCCCUGGAAAACCCUCUGCCACGCCCUCAACUGGACUGCCCGCCCAGCACGGUCCUGCCUGGCUCAUCUGCUCACAUGACCAGCAGAAUCACCGGCAGGGUGGAGAGUGGCUGCCAUAACCACAGCAGCAUCCUCUGCUCCAUCCUAUGAGUUCCACUGGGCGCAUCUGUCGCCAUGACAAUGUUCUGAUGUUCUGGAUCCAGAACAGCACCCUGCAAUCCCUGUACACGGACACACUCCGGCCCACUAUGACCACACAAACACCUUGGAACCGAGUCUAUCAAUGGCCAUCUCUGUGAUGAUGAUCUUCCUGCAGCCGAAAUCAUGAAACCCACUGACUCUGACUCAUGGACUCAGGUGUCCAUGUCUUACUUUCACUGUACCCUGCCUCACAACGCACUACUUCGUAUUCUGUGAAAAUAAGACGACUGUGAACUGAUAGGCGUUCUGCCAUUUUCGUGCACAAUUUUGAUGGGACUUAUGAAGCUGUCAUUGCAGCACACAGGUAAGUGGUUACCUGGCAGCAUUACCAAAGGAUACAUGAAUCCUGUUACUAGUCGUGUCUUGAAUGUCUGUGGUUCAUUCUGCAUCCCAUUUGGCCAAUAGUGUAUUAAGCUCACCACUGUACACACACAAGAGCAGAGCUGUGAGGGGAACGCAAUCCUUGCGCAGUGUUCAACAGAAAAUGCAGAGAGGAAGACAGGCACGUCUCUCACUGACGACAGCCUAGCGAAUUACAAUUCCCCGGCCGGCGGCUAGAGGGCACUCACGAGCAGUGUGAUGAGAAACCCCGACAUGCAAACUCACUCUGAAAUGAAGCCAGUUCUGUCCCUCAUCAGUCUCUAUGAUAGCUUCCCUGUCUGGCAGCCCUUCAUUGGCGCCCUUGCUUAUUACUCAUGUUUUUCUCUCAGCAUGGUUAUGAAAGCUCUGUAGGGAGGGGGGAGGG